AUGGCCGAUCAACCGUCUUCAAACUCAAACCCGUUCGCGUUUCAAUGUUCGAUUGAUCGGGAACUCCUUGAAAUUAUUCAACGUUUUUGGCAACAGGAAGACGAUACGGUUUCGGUUCCCUGUAUUUCGCCGGACGAAAAAGAGUGCGAAGAUCACUUUGUGAGUAACUAUUCGCGUGAUUUAAACGGUCGUUUCGUGGUUCGUCUUCCUUUCCGUCGGUCUCCCACUGAAUUGGGCGCUUCUUAUCCGAUUGCCAUACAGACUUUCACAAGACUUGAACUGAGAUUCGCCAAAAAUUUGAAUUUUAAACAGAAGUACAAUCAAUUUAUGUGUGAAUACCUUGAAUUGGAUCACAUGCGUCAAGUAUCGGCCCCGCUUCGUGAACUUCCUCAAUUCUAUUUGCCUCAUCAUGGAGUUAUUCGGGAGAGCAGUUCGACUACAAAAUUGCGCGUCGUGUUUAAUGGGUCCCAGAAAACAUCUUCGGGCAUGUCGUUAAAUGAAUGUCUCCAUACCGGGCCUAAACUUCAAACCGAGUUGGUCGACGUUCUUCUCCGGUGGAGACGCCAUCCGGUGGUAUUCGCGUGUGAUCUAGAAAAAAUGUACAGACAGAUUAAAGUACAUCCAGACGAUUGGCGGUAUCAACAAAUCGUUUGGCGUGAAAACUGUACGGAUCCUAUUCAAACCUAUCAGCUAAGUACCGUUACUUACGGGUUAUCGUGCGCGCCAUACUUAGCGAUUCGGUGCCUUCGGCAGCUAGCGGACGAACACUUAAGCUCACAGCCUCUGGGAGCUUCUGUUAUUCGACUGGACACCUAUGUGGACGACAUCCUCUCGGGCGCGAACGAUCUAGACAAGGUUCAGGAGGUUAUCUUUCAAGUGAACCUUAUCCUGACGGCGGGCGGUUUUACUGCGCGAAAAUGGACGUCGAAUCAUCCUGAAGUGCUUCGUUCUUUAGCUCCUGAAUUCCUUUCAGGUUCAAGUACUGUUAAGUUAGACGAAUCAAACUCGCCGCGUGCGUUGGGAUUGCUCUGGAACAAUUCAGAGGAUAAUUUUUUGUUCAGUUUCAAGUCAUAUACUGAUAAACCAUUCGAACUUACCAAACGCGUCAUCUUAUCCUUUAUCGCGCGGUUGUUUGACCCGCUCGGCUGGCUAGCUCCUAUCGUUGUUACAGCCAAAAUCUUUAUGCAAGAGCUGUGGACUCGAAAUCUUGAGUGGGACGAUUCUUUACCAAGCGAUUUGGUGACGCGGUGGAGUUUUUUCCUUGAUAAUUUUAAAGAGGUUCCAACUAUUCGGGUACCGAGGUGGCUUGGGUUGUCGGACUGUGCACAAUCGGUCGAGGUUCAUGGAUUCGCUGACGCCUCGAACAGCGCUUAUGGUGCGGUGGUUUAUCUUCGGGUUGUUUCGGGUGAUGAAGUGCGUGUUUCAAUCCUUAUCGCUAAAACAAAAGUGUCACCAAUUAAGCGCGUUACGAUACCGCGACUCGAGUUGUGCGCCGCGGUUAUUCUUACGCGUUUGAUCCGACGAGUUCGCGUGACUUUGGAUCUUAUUAAUCAUCCAGUGCACCUGUGGAGCGAUUCGACCGUUGCUCUAUUCUGGAUCUGCAGCCAUCCAUCACGUUGGAAGGACUAUGUUCGCAACAGGGUGACCGAGAUCCAGGAAUUGACCGAGGCGAAGUGGCAUCAUCUCCCAAGCGAGGAUAAUCCAGCGGAUCUACUAUCUCGUGGCGUUCCAUUGAGGAGACUGCAGCAAGAGGAUUUUUGGUGGUCCGGACCUUCCUGGCUCCGUUCAUCAUCAUCACAGUGGCCUUUGUUCCGGGCAACGUUGAGUACCGAAGCUGAUGUGGAGCAACGAGCUAUUUCAACUUCAAACACAGCAUCCAUGGUGAAAAAAGGCUGGGACCUUAAAGAAAAAUAUUCGUCCUUGAGCAAACUUCUUCGUGUUACGGCUUGGUGUAUCAGAGUUUUCGACAGAAAUAAGCUUUAUUCUGUUUCAGAUAUUCUGUCGCCGGAAGAAAUUAAUCGCUCUUUAAUGUUUUGGGUUCGCGAAUGUCAGCAAUUAUACUUCGGUCAAGAGAUCCGACUUCUGCAGAGCGGAAAAGCAGUUCAACGUUCAAGCCCACUAUUCCGUUUAGUCCCAUUCGUUGAUGGAUUGGGGUUUCUCCGUAUCACUGGUCGCCUUCGAUUUUCGACGUUGGAUUGGGACGAGAAACACCCAAUUAUACUGCCAAGGGACUCCAGACUCACUACAUUGAUAAUUGACAGCCAUCAUCGUAGAACAUUGCAUGGAGGAACACAACUUACCUCCACUUCCAUUCGUCGACAGUUUUGGAUCAUUGGAGGCCGUGUUCCCGUUCGGGCUUUUAUCCAUUGA